AUGUUUGCAGUUGGCGCUCGACAGCCGCUGGCCCUUGCCUCCGCCUCGCUGCUGCCCGUGUGCCCCCUUCCCUCGUCGUACUCUCGCGAAAUUUCCUAUUUCUUGCCAGCCCGUCCCCAUCCUCUCUCCUGCCGUCUUUUCCUCUCUUCUUCUUUUCUUUCUUCUCUUUUCUUCCCUUCUCUCCUCUCGUCCUUCUCUUCCUCUCCAUACCACAUCCAUCUCCAGCUUCACGUUCCAACCCAACCACUUUCAAAAUCGUCCAUCCAAUUAGCUCCGGCUAAUUCAUUCUCUUUCUCCCCUUCCUUUGAAGAAAGAGCGCCUGGUAGGAAGAAAAAAGUCUCGCACUUUUUUUUUCCUUUCUCGUGCUCGCUGUCAAAGGUCGUCAACCUGGAUUUUGAAGCCAGAGUCCCCGUUCCCUUCAGCAUCUUUCCGUCUUCCUACAAGGAGGACAACAAGCCCACUGAGGUGAACACCACCCAGACCCACGAGGAGUUCAGUGUUCAACUCCCCCAGCACCACGAACGGCCCGGACGGGAAGGUCAAUACUCUUCUUCUUACGUUGUCAACGAGUCCGCCAACAACAACUACCCUUACCGGGAAGAAGAGGUCCGUGUCACUCGUGAAGAGGAACGUUACCGCCGUCCUGGUGUCCGCCGAGAGUACAUUCGUGAAAACCGGCGUGAGGUGACGUCGAGAGUGAACAUUGGCGUCUUUGCAACGGUUUUUGGCGACACGUUUUCCCAAGCAUUCCAGCAAGGCUCGGGGCGUGCCGUCAUUCCUCGUUCCAGUUGCAACGCCUUGGCGAUCUCCCGGUGCCUGAUCGCGCGUGGCAUUCCAGACACAGACACACGGCUAACAAAGUUCCAUGUCAGUCCCCGCACGACCUUCUCAGAGACUACUGUAGAGUACGAUUCUCGUCGCCCAAACUACGACACCGCCAUUGACAUCGCUGAGCGCGAAUACCGCACCCGCUACCAACCCACGUACCACCGCGAAGAGGCUCGCACCACUUUUUCCGACACCACUGUCGAUUCCGGCCGCUUCCCCCAGCAGCAGGAACAGUCUUCGUUUGUCGAGGACUCUACCACCGUCGACGCACCGAUCGCUCGUCCUACCCAGGGCAGCACUUUCUCGCGCAAGUCGACCAAGGUCGUCGAGGACAUUCUUGAGCCGCAGGCUAUCACCCGCAAAUCCAACAAGAUGGGCUACUACGACGAGGAGGGCAACUACCACUCGUUCCGCCACGGCGUGCACAAGCUUGCUGACCGUCUGAUUCACCCUGAAGGCCGCGAUGUUGAGGUCUCGGAGUUCCGUGAGACGAUCCGCUCCAGCGGCGGUUCGUCCCGCGGUCGCCGCAGCGUUGAUGAGGACGUGCCCCGCAACACGGUGUCCAUCCCGUGCCACCACAUCCGCAUCGGCGACAUCCUGAUCCUCCAGGGCCGUCCCUGCCAGGUCAUCCGCAUCUCGACCUCGGCUGCCACUGGCCAGCACCGCUACCUGGGUGUCGAUCUCUUCACCAAGAAGCUGCACGAGGAGUCGUCGUUCGUCUCUAACCCCUCGCCGAGCGUCGUCGUCCAGUCCAUGCUAGGCCCUGUCUUCAAGCAGUACCGCGUGCUUGACCUGCAGGAGGGCAACGUCGUCGCCAUGACCGAGACUGGCGACGUCAAGCAGGGUCUGCCUGUCAUUGACCAGUCCAACCUGUGGGCUCGCCUUCUGCGUGCCUUCGAGUCUGGCCGUGGUUCCGUUCGCGUCCUGGUUGUCAACGACCACGGCCGCGAGCUGGCUGUCGACAUGAAAGUCGUCCACGGUGCCAGCCUGUAA